UCUAUUAAUGGAACAAAAAUUACCUCAACCUGGUUGGAAAAGUGAACAACAAAGUGAAAGUGGUGUUCCUACAAAUCAAGAUAUUAAUAAAUUAGAAAAAUCAUGUAGAGAAAAAGAUAAAAUAAUUUCUACUCUUGAGCAGCAAGUAACUGAACAGAAAAAACUUCGAAUGCAAGAGGCAAAACAAGUAGAAGCAAAAGCAGCAAAAAUAAAAGAAUGGGUUACACACAAAUUGAAAGAGCUGGAAGAACAAAAUCAGCAUUUACGUGAACAGAAUCAAAAAUGCAAUAAGCAAUUGGAAUUACUUAAAAAUAGGUUGACUCAGCUCUCUCAACUCAGUCCUAAAUCUCAUCAAAUUCAUCAUGAUCAUUCAUCUGAAAAUACUACUGAACAUGAAAGAACUGCAUCAGAAGUAACAGAUCAGCAAUCAGUUAGUACUGAAAUAAGUAAAGAACAUCCUUUUAAAAUAGAAGAAGAUAGAAAAGAUGCAGUUAGAGUUGCUCAUACUUACCCUCGAGGAACAGAUGUUUCUCGACUGAAAGGUCAAGUUUAUUCUUGUUCAUCAAAACCUAAAAGUAAACCUCAACCUCAGUUGGAUCAUGAAGGAAAUAUUAUUUUUAUAUCAGAAGAAAUGAAUAAACUUGAAGAAGAUUUAGGAAGUUACAGAGAAUCAUUAGUAGAUACUAUUCUGAGUAUUGAAGAUGCAGUAUCUAGGUCACCUUCUCAAGCAUCGACAAAGGAAUCAGAAAACACUGAAACAUCAACAGAUGCUAAUACAUCACAUUCUAAAGACGAUUAUCUUUCUGAUGAAGGAUGCCAUCACCAUCAUCACCAUCAAAUUCAUCAAAAAACAUCAACAAGAGCUGAAAGUAAACUUGAGGGUCUUUCUCGAAUUGGGGGGAGUCUUGAUAGAAAAUUAACGGGUCAAAGAAAAAUGAAUUUGGAUGAUCUACGAGCUGGUUUUGAACGGAGAUGGACAGUAAAAGCAGAUAAUGAAAUCCAUGAUUAUGCAGAAAUUUACACACCAAGCAAUGAGCUUCCUAUUAUUCUUGGAUUAGAUGGUAAAAGAAAUAAAGAUCAAGACGGAAAGCCACCUACACCUCCUCUUCAUAGAUUUCCUUCAUGGGAAUCAAGAAUAUAUGAUAUUGCUGUAAGUGGCAUCAGUUUAUCUUGUGAUUCUCUACAAGCCACAAAUACAGGUUCACCAAAAAAUACUGGAAAAACAUCUGAAUCAAAUAUAAAUGGAGCUUUUACUGAUCUGAAUAUUCCAGUAUAUGCCACUGUCAAAGGACGUGCAUCUCAAAUUCGAUGUGUUCCCUUUACUGGAGAAUCAACUGAUUCAUCUGAUAAUGAGGAUACUCGGAUAACUAUUGCUACAACAUCAUCUCAUACAACUAGCGGUGAGACUGAAUCAAGUGCCUCAACAGGUAGUCCUAGUAGAGGUGGAAAAACAGGAGAUAGUUUAUCUGAUUCUCCUGCAAAGAAGAGUUGUCCUUCUCCAACCAAAUCAGUAAAACGAGAUACUUCCACUGAAUCAGUUCUUUCCGAUGAUUAUGCUAUACCACCUGAUGCUCUUUCUGCUGAUACACUCAGUGUAGAUUCUAUGGAUCAUCCAUCUUUACGGAUACCUCCAACACGAAUUUCUUCAAAAAGAGAAUCCUUGGAGAAAAGUGGUUAUUUAACAAAAUUAGGAGGAAAAUUAAAAACUUGGAGGAGAAGAUGGUUUGUCUUAAAAAAUGGAAUAUUAAGUUAUUAUAAAACACAGAAUGACAUCAAUCGUAAACCUCAAGGUCAGAUAGUUUUGGAUGAAGUUUGUAGAGUGAAUCGUGCAGAAGGUGCUGCAACAUUUGAAAUAUCUACUAGCAAAAGAAAUUAUUAUUUAACAGCAGAUUCAAUAAGUACAAUGGAAGAAUGGAUUCGUGUUUUACAGAAUGUUUUGAGGAGAAAAGCAACCAGAUUAUUAUUAAGCAGGGCAGAAAAUAAACCAACAACUGAAGGAUGGUUAACUAAGGUGAAACAUGGCCAUUCACGAAGAUGUUGGUGUGUUUUAAUUGGUCGAAUGUUUCUUUAUUUUAAAACACCAAGUGAUACGACUCCAUUAGGUCAAAUUAACAUGAGAGAUGCUCAAGUAGAAGAAGUUGUACACAUCUCUGACAGUGAUGAAGAAGACCAAGAUGAAAAUGUUACCAGAUCCGAAUAUACCGUUGCUAUAUAUCCCAAUCAUCAAGGUCCAACGUAUCUAUUGUUAUCAAAUAAACAAGAAAUGGAUGCCUGGCUGUAUAAUUUAACUGUAGUUUCUUCUGGUGAUAAUCUUGUUGGAACUCAAUAUGAACAAUUAAUUGCUAGACUGAUGGAAGUAGAUGGUGAUGAAACUAGUGUUAUUUGGAGACAUCCUUUAUUGUUAUAUUCAAAAGAAAAUAUUACUCAGGCUCUGACCACUCUACCGUCCGAACAACUUCAAGCUGAGGCUGUCAAACUUUUUAAGUCCAUCCAGUUGUUUAUCUCAGUGCCAUUGGACACCUCAGGUAUUGAUUAUCAUGUUGCCUUGGCCCAAAAUGCCUUGCAGCAGUGUCUCACUCUGCCAGAAUUGCAAAAUGAGUUUUACUGUCAGCUAGUGAAACAAACUGCACGACAUUCCCAACAACGCAUUGGAGUUCAGCAAUUAUUAUUAUGUGCCACACAAUCUCUUUUCUUAUGUGAUGCUUCAAUUGGAGAAAAAACAUCUCCUACAUCUGUUACUCCAACUGAACGACCACCUCCCUCAGACAGUAAACUUAAUCCAUUACCAUUUGUUUUUGUUCAAGGUUGGCAACUUUUAGCUUUAGCUAUUUCCUUGUUUCUACCAAAAAAUCGCACCUUGUGGUAUUUAAGAGCCCACCUACAACGUAACAUGGAUGCAAAGACAGAAUCUGGAAAGUAUGCAAUUUUCUGUCAGAGAGCUCUCGAAAGGGGCUUGAUAAACGGAGGUAGAGAAUGCAAGCCGUCUCGCACCGAGGUCCUCAGCAUUCUUUUGAAAAAUCCUUUUCACCACUCCAUGCCACACAGUAUUCCAGUUCACUUCCAGAAUAACAGUUACCAGGUGGUUGGUUUUGAUGGUUCUACCACAGUUGAAGAAUUCAUCCAUACCUUAAAUGCCGAAGCCGGUAUUCGAGACAUGAGUCAAUCCGGAUUUGCUCUCUACAGUGAUGAUCCAAUCGAAAAAAAUCUUGAACAUUGCCUUAAUACCUGUGCCAAGUUGUGUGAUGUCAUUUCGAAAUGGGAACAAGCGUUGCGUGAGAAACACUUGGGAAAAUUCGAAAGCACAAGAGUUAUUAAAUUGAUGUAUAAAAAUAGAUUGUGUUUUCGCCAGCUUUUGAAGGCCGAAACAGAUAAAGAACGAUUAUUAACGGUGUAUACGCUAAAUGAAGAAAUUGUUCAAGGGAGAUUUCCCCUAAGUAGAGAAUUAUCAUUGGAACUUGCAGCACUCAUGGCACAGAUAGAAUUUGGAGAUUAUUGUGGUGAAAAAGUUCGAGGAAGUGGUCUUCAACCGACUAGUCCCGAACAAUUACUGCAACAAGUUAUUGAAAGGUUUUAUCCCCACCGUUACAGAGAUACAAUUGAUGAAAAACAAUUAUCUGAAAUCAUUAAAGAAAAGUGGCUGUUAUUAAAGGGAAGAAGUGUCUUAGAUUGUGUCAGAAUUUACCUCAACUGUGCUCGAAAAUGGUCUUUCUGUGGUGCCAAACUAUUUAGUGCCAAGAUGAAAUCAGGCGAUCAAAUUUCCGUUUGGUUAGCCGUAACUGAAGAUAGCAUAGCACUUCUUGAUUACGUUACUAUGCAAGUGAUUGCUCGUUAUCCUUAUUCCGGUGUCAUCACUUUUGGCGGUUGUCGUGAUGAUUUUAUGCUGGUUGUAUGCCCGCCGGAAAUGGAUUGUGGAACUCGUGAAAGUCAUGUAACUCAAAGGCUACUAUUUGCUAUGUCUAAGCCCAAAAUUUUAGAGAUAACAUUAUUAGUGGCAGAUUAUAUGAAUGCUAUGGGAAGAACUCCCGUCGUACCACCUUCACCUCAAGCCAGUACUCUUACCAGGCUAGAGAAAAUAAAGUCUAAAAUCAGAGCUACUACUGGAACUACGAGUAGCAUUACGGGAAGUAUUAUGGCAUCCUGCGUCGCCGGAAUCGAGAUCGACGGCAAGACACUGCCAGAAAAAAAGAAAUGCGGAGGAGGUAGCGAAUCUACGUGACCCCAACAGGUGCCAAUAUGAUUAACAUAUAAAUUCUGCGUAAAUGCUGUACGAUUCGCAGCCAAGCAGAAAGACUAAUCAACUUUAUAGAAUCGUGAAGUUAUAACAUUUAGUGUUUGUCUUCUUUUUCAUUUCAAUCGGUUUUUGUUUUCGAUUAUAUUUAUUAAAACACAUUUUCGAAGAUGAUGUUUCAAGGAGGAGAAGAAGAAGAGUGUAAAAGUUAGUUGGACUCUUGUAUAUCAAUAUUUGUAUACUUAUGUAUAUAUAUACACCUAGUAGGCUCUGCCAUUUGAGAUACGAAGUGAAUAUUGCUCCGAGUUCUGCUUUUUAUUUUAAUUUCGAAAAAGUUCCUACAUUGAUAAAUAGAAAUAUUAUUUCUUUUAAAAUUAAUUAAUAUACUUUGUCAUUUACCAAAUUUUAUACAUUUGGGAUACGGCAGAACUCAAAACAAUAGAAAAAAGUCAAAGAUAUUGUUUGUUUUGUAGAGUUAGUUGGCAUUACUUAAUUUUUUUUUGUUUAAUUUUAAUUAUGUUUUAAAAUUAAAUUCGAGAAAACAUCCCUUCUCUCACUUUUUUCAUUCUUUCCUAUAUCUGCUGUAAAUAAGCCAAUGUCAUAACUUUUUUCCUGUUACAUCCUCCCCUUUAUACCUGACUGUACUUAAUUGUGUAGUAAAGAAAGAAAGGGCUCAAACUUUCUUGAUUUUGUAAUAAAGCUGAUUUGAGAUAUAAUCGAGUCAGAAUUCUUUCUUCCUUCGCUAUUUCUUUACUAACCUUUCCCGCUGUCAAAUAAUUAGCAGGUUCUAAUCCGUCGGAAAUGAGUAAUUAAAUAUGCGGAACCAAUUAACCUAUAAAAUUAUCUAAAGUUUAACGGCAGCAAAUUAUUUUAAAGACACGUUGCAGAAUUUUACCACCCGUUUAAUCGGACUCUAAUCGGAGCUCUGUUAAAUGUCAAACAGAAUCUUAAGAGCUCGUUCAACAAACUGAUAAAA